CCUCCUUCAUCUUUCCAUCCAUCUAUAAAAGGGCACUCGCUUCCUGAUUAGCAUUAGCUUCGUGCCAAAGCAUCACAAAAAGAGCCCAAGAACCCGUCGCCAAAGCAGCAUCCAUUCUUGCCUUUAUUCUCGACCGCUCACACGCCAUUCGCGUUUCUUUUCGGCCCUUUCCCGUUCAGCAUCCGUUCAAGAACCGGCUCGAAGCAGAUCGAUCAGCAGAUCAAGAAGAUGGGGAGAGAUCGACAGAUCGGCGUGGCCAUGGACUUCUCCAAGAGCAGCAAGUGCGCCCUGCAAUGGGCCCUCGACAACCUCGCCAACAAGGACGACACCAUCUAUAUCAUCCACAUCAAGACCAACUCCAACGACGAGUCCCGCGAUCAGCUCUGGUCUAAAUCCGGUGCACCUCUGAUUCCAUUGUCGGAGUUCCGAGAGCCGCAUCUCAUGAAGAAGUACGAUGUUCCGACCGACAUGGAAGUUUUGGAUACGCUCGACACGGCCUCGCGGCAGAAAGAGGUGAAGAUCGUGACGAAGCUGUACUGGGGGGAUGCGAGGGAGAAGCUGCUUCAGGCUAUUGACGAUCUGAAGCUGGACUCUCUGGUCAUGGGAAGCAGGGGACUUGGCACCCUCAAAAGGAUAAUAUUAGGGAGUGUGACCAGCUACGUGACCAAUCACGCCCCUUGUCCUGUGACCGUCGUCAAAGAACCCGGCUUCAACAAGGUCUGAUCGUCAUCACCUUGACGACCAGGAGGUCUCCUGAGGAAUAGGAUCUGUCUCAAGUGUUUCUCUUUAAUCUUUUAUUCCAGCCUCUUUUUUUUUUUUUUUUUUCCCUACUAAUGAAUAACUACCUUUGUGAUCCCGGAUCUUAUUGAUACACAACUUACUCAUAUAUGAAAUCAAUGUAUUACUUCUAGCCA